UACAAGAAUAAAAGUAUAAACACUUAUAGACUGAACGCAGCAUGAGGGAAAAAAACAUAUACACAACAUACUGGGAGCGAUGUUGGACAGAUGUUGCACAAAAGAGUGGAAGUAAAUAAAUUAUAGCGCUAAAAGGUGGGUGGGGGGGGGUGAGCUAUAUUAUUGCAGUUUAAGGAUGGUGGUACAAUAAUAGAACAGAAUAAUAGACUAAUAAAAAUAGACUAACGGAAUAAUAGACAGAUUAUCCACUGUAUUCUGUUGAUCAAACCACUCUGACUGUCUUUGUUUACAUCUCACAGACCGAACUAUUCAGGAAUGCUGAUAAAUCGGUGGAAGUUAUUGUGGGGUCAAAUGAUCUUUUUCGAGAUUUAAACAAAAAAUAAUUGCUUUCUAUCAGAAAAAGCCGCAGAAUCAGGCGGAGAGGUGUGUAACUAAAUGCCCAGUCGCUCCGCCCAGAAGCGCUGAUUGACAGCGCCGAUUCUUCCAUCUGAACCAAUGAGAGCACUAGAGGAAGCCAGAGGGUGCAGGCUGUGCCGAGAGGUGCUUUUCGACGUACCACAGGGGCGCCACUACUGUGUUAAUACCGCCACUGACCGCUGGUCGGCGCCAGAGCAGCGCGGCUUAUUGGCUUCGCUCAAAGCGGACGGAGAUCGUUUAGCCAGAGAUAAUAGAUGAAGCCGAGAGCCGCCGUGUCAAAACAUUUCCGACAACGCAGUCACGUGGUUUCGGCGAGAGGGGAGGGGGACUCAUUCCCCCUUAAGCAGACAACAGAGACUCGAGUCCCCAUUCACACUAGCGGGAAAUUCUGCCCUUUUCACCAAACCUUAGCGAUUAUUUCUCUCCCAUUUAAGACUACAGCGACAUAGUGGCCAUUUCUGUACUGGUGAGGGACUUGUGAGUAUUUCGAGCCUAAACACGCUUUUCGUAUGAGCUGAUCUUGAGAAAAAAUCAGGUUUGUUUUGUGUUUGUUCAGCCCGCUGGCCAGUCUCUCAGCACAGGCUGCUGCUGUUGCCCCGGGAGACGGGGCUGGGUGAAGCGGCUGACGCAGGACUUAAGCAGAGAGGAACUGAACCCCUUUUCACCCCAUUGACUUGACCAGGCAUGCGCCAUCUCGGCCUACCUUAAACAAUCUUCGGUUUGUCGAACUCGCUGCCAUGGAAACGCAGUCAGUGUUGAUCAGAGCGACUGCAGCAGAUAAACCUCAGUGAUUGAUCCGAGCUCCGAGCGUGUGAAGGUGAGGAUGAGUGUAACGGUUGGGAGAGGAGUGAGUGAAGGCGAUCGGCUCCGCAGCCCCUCCUCCUCCAUUCCCACCAAAUACCAAACGGUGAUCAUCAAGAACACGGAGAGGAGAGGAUUCACCUGUCAGUCAAAGCGCUUCACAGACAGAGCGAAUGAAAACCCUGGUCCUGGCUCAUAUCUGUCUCACACCUCCGCCGACACCUGCAGUCCAUCCUUCUCCAAGAAAGGCACUGGAGGCUUUCCAUCCAAGGCAGUCCGAGUCGUCCAAAACCCCUACAGAGGGAUUCCAGCCCCAAAUACCUACAACCUGCAGUCCUCUCUGCUCCGCCGGCAUGACUUCAACAGAGGCCUUUCCAGAACCUUCCACUCACCCAUCGCAGUCAAAACAGGAGAAAACCUGCUCCAAAAAACACCAGCGCCAAAUCACUACAACGUGACCUACAGUGGAGUGGAGGUAAAUUCAAUCGUUUCUGCAAAGUCUUCAUUUCUUUCCAAAAGCAGAAGGAAUGCUGUUUUCACCCCCGUACUGAGAGGACCCUCUCCAUGUCAUUACAGUGUGAAGGAUGCAGUGAUCCAGAAGACCCCCAAAGUGCCUUUCUCCUGCUUUAAGUCCACCUCUGCCAGGAUUCAGCCGCUGGUCUCCAGUGAAGUUCCAGGUCCAGGAGCCUACAGCCCGUACCAAAGCCCAGAACCUGUCAGGAGAACCAUUCUACCGAGGAGGCAUUAUUUAGGAAUUUCAGCUCCUGCACUAAUCCCCCCUAAAGACCCCCCACUGCCCGGCCCGGGGCAGUACAACAUUGUGAACUAUGACGGGCCACCCAAACACCUGAUGGCCAGUGCUGCGUUUGUAUCUGGAACAAGCAGGUGGACUCAGGAGACCAGAGGACAGGGAGUACCUGGGCCAGGCUCCUAUGAACCAAAUGUGCCCACAAAGCAUUCAUUCUUAUAUAAUCAUGCCCACACAUGGAUACCAGCCUAGAGCACUGAUGAUCACCAACAUUAAAGCAUUUCAGGAAAUGUCUGUGAAGACAUUUUUAAUGAACAUUUUGUAACACAAUCCUAUAUUAGGAUUUUUCCUUCUACUUGUUGUUGCAGUCAUGCUUAUGGUGUAAAAAGAGCAUCCAGGAAAGGUCAGUAUUUCACCCUCUAUGGUGCGUAGUAUCAUCAAAAUCUCUGUGUAAAAGGCAACUGAAUGUCCGUAACCUUCGUCACUGCAUCCACAAAACGUUAAGACUGUAGUAUUGUGUGCACAGUGGUCAACACAGCAAAGUCAAAGGUCAACAACAUAUAGAAACGCUGCUGACUUCUCUGGGCUCGAGCUCAUCUGAAAUGGACUGAUGCACAGUGGAAACAUGUAUUGUGGUCUGACAAGCCAGCCAUUCAGAAUGUUUAUGCAAAUAAUUGGCGUCAGAUUUAUUGGAACAAAGUAGAAAAGGACCAUUCGGAUUGUUACCAGCAUAAAGUUCAAAAGCCAUCAUGUUUCAUGGUAAGGGGGGGGUAUUAGUGGGUAAUUUGCACACCAUUACCACUGAAGGAUAUCUACGCAUUUUGGAGUAGCAGAUGCUCCUGUUAAGAUGCCGUCUUUUUCAGGGACAUCCAUGCUUAUUUCAACAUGACAACACCAAGCGACGUUCCACGCAUGUUACAAGAUCAUGGCCGUGUAAUCAGAAAGCGUGGGUGCCAGACUGGCCAGAACUUGACCAGAUGAAGACAGCAAAAAUCCCACUUUCAAAACUGGAUUAAUGGGUGUCUUCAGUUCCCAAUUGAAUAACACAUUGUUAAAAGGAAAGGAUGGAAUGUGGAACUUUUAUGGAACGUGUCGCAGGCAUCAAGUUUGGAAUUACUGUGUAUUUACAGCUCAAAGCGAAUUUACUGAUCAGUGCUUUUAAUUAACAUUUCACAUACAGUCACAACAGUUUUGGAAUUGAGGUUUGUAUUAUCAAGUAUAUAGAAGUAAGUCUAUAUGGAGAGUGCCUUUACUUUGUAUAUUUAACAUGGCUUAUGCAAUACAGAAGGUAUUUUUCUUCCAGAAAAGAAGGGUAAAAAAGACACUGUAUGUCCGAAGUGAGAAUGGCUACUGUAAUCUUUAUGCUUAAUUGUUAUGCCCCAAUGAAUAACCUUACACAUAUAGACUUAGCUGCUGAUCCUAUUUCAGUAUUUUUGUGUGAGUGAGACUAAGAAAUUUUGUCUGUUUUGACCCACGCAGGACAUACAUAUUAUGUGUUGAAAAGCGAUUCUAAAAGCAUUUAGAAUAGCAAAGCUAUUCUGAAGCACUGCAUUGCAUGAAUACAGGCCCCUAAUAUUUGACUUAGAGUGUAAAACAGAUCUCUUACAUGUUGUUGAUUUUAAAUGAUGUUUGUUUAGUAUGUUUGUAAAAAAGCAAUUAUGUCUUUUUUUGUCAUGUAAACAUUAACAUGGCGGCAAAUAUUUUCCUGCCUGACAAGUUUUGAUUACAACACAGUUCAACUCAGCAACAUAGCAUUUUAAACUGGAAACUCAGAGUAACAACUCCAUACAAAGAUCACUUCAGUUUUCUAUAAGGUUGAGUGGGCUUUUGAUCCAUAAAGCCUGUACAACCUAGCAACAGUUGCUAUGAAGAAAUGCAUUUGUGUAUUUGCACUACCUUUCAAAAGUUUGUAAUCAUUUGACAUAUUGAUUAUUUUUGUUAUUUUAUAUUCAAUAAUAACUUAUACAAUGUAUAUUUAAAUAUUAGAGA